CCCUGAAGCUGAGGCUUGUGUGUGUGAGUGUGUGAGUGUUAUCUUCCUUCUCCACACAUUUGCAGCACUGAGGGCCCUAUUGCCUGGUCGAGGAGGAAGGGGGCUCUCGGGGUUGUUGCUACUCCAAGGAGAAAGCUGGCAGAUGUCCCAAGCCAGGGAUGAGGACCUUCUUCCUCAGGGGCCUGAAAGGCCAGAAAAAGGAGCCCUGGCUGGAAAGGCACAACCUCAACGUUUGCCUCAACCAAAUGCUAUGCCACUUGAAAAGUGUAAGGAAGAAACUGGCAAAGUACAAAAUGGCCAUCCAUGUUUGAACCACGCAAGUGGAUUUCGCAACGGAGUCAAACUUGGUGCACCAGAUUACAGUCGAAGGUUUUCAGCUCCUGUUUCCCAAAAAAUGCACAGAAAAAUUCAGUCCAGCUUGUCAGUUAACAGUAAAAGCAGCAAGAAAAGUUCUACAUAUUCUCAUAAACCAGGUUCUUUACCUGAAGAUUGCUGUGUGCAUUGUAUCUUGGCCUGCUUGUUCUGUGAAUUCGUCACCCUCUGUAGCCUUGUCCUGGGACACGCGUCCUGUGGCGUCUGCCCAGCUGAAGCUUGCUGCUGCUGCUGCGGAGAAGAAAUGGGAGAUGACUGCAACUGCCCAUGUGACAUGGACUGUGGCAUAAUGGAUGCCUGUUGUGAAUCAUCAGACUGUUUGGAAAUCUGCAUGGAGUGCUGUGGGAUUUGUUUCCCAUCAUGAUAAGUUCUUAUUUAUCCCUUGUAUUAUUUUUAUCCUGUAUAUAAAAAAGUGAGAGAUUU